ACUCCAGGGAAAAUCCUUUGAAAAUAUAUAAAAUGACGAGCUCCAUUUUCACCUCGUGUUUCAUAAACCGACUGCGUACUUUUUCUGCCACAACUACAAACAACAAUCUUCUUGAUUCUGUAGAUUUAGAGAAGUCUACAGAAAGUGAUGCGAGAGCGAUCUAUAGGAAGCUCGGCUCUCUGUGGCUGCAACGGAAAUAUACUUUGAGCAUUACGGAAUACUUUAAAAAGGAACUUAUCGUUAUCAUUUUGAAUGUAGUCGAUCUUCCGUUUGCGCACCAGCGGCAUAUACAAAUCUGUGUUGCGUUAUCAAGGGUGAUCGACAUUCACCCUGAUGUUUUCAGCUUUACACUGCGCUACUUCGAAAAGCACCCUUCUCCCUUCGAGUGUGAUUUAAAUCAACACCCCCCUAAAAAAAGACUUAAACACGAGCCAAGCCGUGAUGUUAGCGAUCUUGACAUCGUUACAUUAUGCCAUAAUUUACUCAAAAGAGCGCCCGAUUUCUUCCGAACCAAGUGGCCCUGGUCUGGCUUUAUUAAGAAAUACUUCAAACACGAAGUCGAAAUUAUUCGUUGGCACUGUUACCAAAUUGUGCGGCUGUUGCUGGGAAUGAACGAAGCCAAGUUCGAUGCAGUUAUCGAUGGCAAUCUCUCAGAGGCAGUAGUAAACAAAUGCUCGGUUCACUCUCAGUCUGUUCACUCAAAUGAAGACGUAAUCUACGAACACGAUGACCAAUUCAUUCUUAAUGACAGUGUGUUGCGCGUUGGCGGAGUUUACCUGCCCGUAUAUUCGAGCGGUGUGGCUGAUUCGAUCCGGCUGGUAGAAGUAAAAUCGACACUUGGCAAUUUACGGAGGCUAGCGUUAGGAGUGGUGGGCGCGAAGGGUAUUUUAUUGCAAGGCCCCGUCGGCUCGGGGAAGACGUUUCUCGUCGAAUACUUAGCGGAAAAAACUGGAAGAGUGGCGGGUGAAAAUUUCGUGAGGGUGCAGCUCGGUGAUCAAACCGACAGUAAAAUGUUACUCGGGACUUAUGGCUGUACCGAUAUUCCCGGGGAGUUCGUGUGGCAGCCGGGCGUGCUGACUCAGGCUGUAAUGGAUGGCAGUUGGUUGUUGCUCGAGGAUAUAGAUUUGGCAAACAUGGAUAUCGCAUCAGUUCUGAUGGCACUCUUAGAAAACGGUGAACUAACCGUCCCAGGGUAUAGAGAUUCGGUUCCUGUCGCUCCCGGUUUUAAACUCUUUAUGACGCAACGAUUACUAUCAACUGUGAGCGGUUACCAAAAGGUGCACACUAACGCGAUAGCAUUACUUGAAAAAAAUGUGUUACAAGUUCACGUCGACCCAUUGCAAUCUGACGAACUUCAAGUCAUCAUCCAAACCAAGUUCCCUUCGUUGAGAACGAUAGCGAGCAGAAUGGUCGACGCCUUUGAGAAGUUCACAGUUCAUUCCACUAAUCGAUCCAAUCGACUUGUGUCAACUCGUGACUUAUUUAAAUGGUGUACACGAGCGGUUAUCGAUUUUGAUGUAAAAAGUCAAGUAUCCGCAUUGAAUGUCUUACAGAAUGGGAUUGACGUAUUUUGUUGUUCAUGCUCGGAGUUCUCGCAUCGAUUGAUGUUGGCUCGCAUUAUUUCCACUCAUUUAGGGAUCAUAAGCGAGAAAGCGGAUUAUUUUUGCAACUUGUACAAGCCGACCUUUAGUUUAACCGUCGAGAAGAUCAAGAGUGAUCGUGUCGAACUAUUAAAGCAGCAGUCCCUCUCCGACACACGUUUGAAUUUCUGUUUCACCAGACCUUCGGCGUGCUUAUUGGAGCGAAUUAUCUGCUGUGUGAACUUAAGGGAACCGGUUUUGCUCGUCGGCGAGACCGGUACCGGGAAAACGUCCGCAGUUCAGUAUCUCGCGCACAUUAUCGGUGUUAAAUUAGUCGUCAUCAAUAUGAAUCAGCAGUCCGACUCGUCAGAUUUGUUGGGCGGAUAUAAGCCUGUCGAUUUUAAAUUUGUUGUGUCGCCGAUUCGGAAGGAGUUUGAGGAAGUGUUUCGAUCGUACUUCAGUGUUAAAGAUAACAAGGAAUUUUUGGAGAACAUCGAAUAUUGCUCGAAGAAUAUGAAAUGGACGAUCUUAUUGAAGAUGAUGAUGAAAAGUUGUCUGGCGGCUUUGGAUAAAUUGGGCCAAGCACACCAGCGCCGUACUGACGUCACAAGCGUCGACCACAAAAUAACACAAGACAAGCAGAAAAACCGUAAUCAACACUUUCUAACCUUGUGGAGAGAUAUCCACAAAAAACUGUUAAAACUACAGACGCAGUUGAAACACAAGAACGCCAUCGCGUUCUCCUUUAUAGAGGGAAGUUUGGUAAAAGCAAUUAAGAACGGCUACUGGGUCUUACUCGAUGAAAUAAAUUUGGCCAAUGCCGAAACUCUCGAGUGCCUAUCGGGAUUAUUAGAAAGUCCUAAAGGAUCGAUUAGCCUAUUGGAACGCGGCGAUAAGAAACCGGUAGUUCGCCACCCCGAAUUUACACUAUUCGCUUGCAUGAAUCCUUCCACCGAUAUUGGCAAAAGGGAUCUACCGAUCGGACUUAGAAAUCGCUUCACCGAGUUUUUUGUUGACGAAUUAGAAGACCAGUACGACUUAAUGAUGCUGGUUAAAAGUUAUCUGAACGCUUUGGCUGUCUCGACCGAAACACUGAAGAGUAUCGUAAAGUGCUAUUCGUAUAUUCGCAAAGCCGCCCUCACAACUUUGAGUGACGGUUUGGGCCACAAGCCGCAUUAUUCUCUACGAACACUAUGCAGAGCCCUGAUGAUAACCGCGCAAAAUCCGUGUGGUAGUUUCUUCAGAAGUUUGUACGAAGCUUUCUGUCUGAGCUUUCUAACUCAAUUGGAUGAACUCUCCUACAAAACCAUUGAGCAUCUAAUUGCCAAGUACAUUUUGGGAAGUGCGAAGAAUGCGAACAGCAUCUUAAAUCAGCCCAUUCCGCAACCGAGGGCGGAUUCAAUCCAGUUUGAAGGUUACUGGGUGACCUGCGGCUCGCUGGAGGUGAGCGCACCAAAGGAUUACAUCCUCACCCCGUGCAUUCGGCGCAAUUUAAAAGAUUUGGUACGCGUCGUCUCCAUUGGAAACUCACCGGUUUUGCUUCAAGGCGAUACCUCCGUCGGUAAAACGAGUCUCAUUACCUACCUGGCCAAAUCAAGCGGAAAUAAAUGUGUUCGCAUUAACAAUCACGAGCACACCGAUCUACAAGAGUAUAUCGGAUCUUAUAUGGCGGAUAUUGAUGGUAAAUUAGUGUUUAGGGAGGGUUUGCUGGUUGAUGCCAUGCGGAACGGGCACUGGAUCAUUUUGGAUGAACUUAAUCUCGCACCGACCGACGUACUGGAAGCUUUAAACCGCGUGUUGGACGAUAACCGCGAGCUUUUCAUAGCCGAAACGCAAGUAACCGUAAAGGCCCACCCGAAUUUUAAAUUGUUCGCAACCCAAAACCCACCAGGUUUAUACGGGGGGCGCAAGAUGCUCUCGCGCGCUUUUCGUAAUCGCUUCGUCGAGUUGCACUUUAACGAAAUACCUUCUGCGGAACUAACAGAUAUUUUACACAAGCGGUGCGAGAUUCCGCUAUCGUACUCUAAGAAAAUGGUUGCGGUAAUGACGGAUCUACAGUUGCAACGUCGAAGCUCGGCCGCCUUCGCCGGUAAACAAGGUUUUAUAACACUUAGAGACUUGUUUCGGUGGGGUGAACGGUACCAUUUGGCGAAUGACACGAAAAGUCUGUACGAUUGGGACCAACACAUCGCCGACGAAGGCUACCUUUUGUUGGCGGGAAGAGUUCGAAGAGUGGAAGAAAGAGAGUCGAUCGCACGAGUUUUGGAGAAACAUAUGAAACGAAAAGUUGUGGCUCAACAUUUAUUCACACUGUCUAAAGAUACGUCGACAGUUACGAAACACAUUUUAGAGAGGUUGGACGAUGGCAGGCACAAUAAUAUAGUGUGGACUUACAAUAUGCGGCAGUUAGUGGUUUUAAUGGCGAAAGCUUUGGAAUUUAAGGAGCCUGUACUGCUGGUCGGUGAAACUGGUGGGGGAAAAACGACCGCGUGCCAACUGUUAGCCGACAAUAAUAAUCAAACUUUGUUCACUGUCAAUUGUCACAUGCAUACUGAAAGUGGUGACUUCAUCGGAGGUCUACGUCCGGUGCGCGACCAUUCAGACAAAGACAUCAACCGAUUGUUUGAGUGGGUAAACGGACCUUUAAUCCAAGCGAUGACGCAAGGCGGAAUAUUCUUGGCAGAUGAAAUCUCCCUAGCAGAUGAUAGUGUUUUGGAAAGAUUAAAUUCGCUAUUAGAACCGGAGAGAUGCCUUCUAUUGGCGGAGAAGGGCGCAGACGUAAACAAUCGCGAUAAUUCCGAACUGAUCGUCGCGCACGAUAAGUUCUACUUCGUCAGUACGAUGAAUCCCGGUGGCGAUUACGGAAAGAAAGAGUUAUCGCCCGCGUUACGCAAUCGUUUCACCGAGAUAUGGUGCGAAUCGUGUAAGCAGCGCGAAGAUCUUAUCGCAAUUAUCGAUCGUAAUCUCGAACAUCCCAUCGCAUCCGGCGAGUUGAUUAUGGACUUUGUGGAUUGGUUUAAAGCCACCGAGAUCGGGAAGAAAUUUACUAUAAGCGUGCGGGAUCUGUUAACGUGGGUUAACUUCAUUAACGCAUGCGCUAAGGAGAUUGGAAUUGCCGAUGCGUACCUGCAGGGCGCAUGCCUCACAUUUCUUGACAGUUUAGGCUCAGGCGUUACAAGUCACGAAAGCUCAAGAGUAUUGGAUCACUUUGAGAAGGAGUGCAUGCACUUCUUAACCAAGCAGAUUAGAUGCCUGCAUUUGGAAGCAAGCAAACUACCUUCAAACUUAACCAUAACGAUUAGUAACGAACUAUUUGGAAUAGCGCCAUUUUAUGUACCGACAGGACCAGUUGUUGCCCCCGUAGAAUUCGCUUUCGAAGCUCCUACGACUGCAUUUAAUGCGCUACGUGUGCUACGAGGCUUGCAGCUGAACAAGGCCAUUUUACUGGAGGGCAGUCCCGGUGUUGGCAAGACCAGUUUAAUUACCGCCAUUGCAAAGGCUUCAGGACAUCGAUUACUUCGUAUUAACCUUUCGGAUCAGACGGAUGUAUCGGAUCUUUUCGGCGCCGACUUUCCCGUAGAAGGUGGGACCGGAGGUCAUUUCGCAUGGCGCGACGGGCCGUUUUUGCAAGCGCUAAAGCAAGGCGACUGGGUAUUAUUGGACGAGUUAAAUUUGGCAUCCCAAUCUGUUUUGGAGGGUUUGAACGCCUGCUUGGAUCACAGAGGGGAGGUGUUCAUUCCCGAACUCGCGAAAACCUUCCACGUUAAACCAGGGACUCGUCUGUUUGGAUGUCAGAAUCCAUUGCGGCAGGGUGGAUCGAGACGCGGGCUCCCCCAGUCGUUUCUUAACAGGUUCACGCAAGUCUACAUUAGCGCGCUGAAAGAUGAAGACCUACAGUACAUUCUAACUCGCCAAUUUCCUCAGCUGCAAUCGGAAGUAAUUGCGAAAAUGAUCAAGUUUAACUCGUGCGUCGUAAACGAAUUGGAACAGCACAAGUUUGGCUUUCGAGGUGCGCCUUGGGAGUUUAAUCUCAGAGACAUAGCGCGGUGGUGUGAGAGUGUAGUGCAUAGUGAGACUCGCUCCCCGCAAAGUUUCGUCCAACUCAUUUAUAGUGAUCGAAUGAGAACUCUCACCGAUAAACUGCGCAUGCGCGAAAUAUUUGAGCGCCAGUUCGGUUGCUCCAUAUCGGGCAACGCUCCCAUAGUGUACGUCACCAAGAUCGACGUAAUAAUUGGAGACAUUGGUCUAAAGAAGGAAGUCGCAGGAGUGAACAUGAACCUAAUUAAACCGCCUCAAAAUUGCUUAGUGUUGCGUAAGCAGAUAAACGUUCUGAGAAGUUUAGCCUACUGCGUUAAAUUCAAUUGGAUGGCGAUUUUGGUCGGUUCUUCUGGUAGUGGCAAAAGCAGCAGUGUUCAGGCGUUGGCGAAUUUGGUUGGAAAAACUCUUUGGACUUUACCGGUGACCUCAUCCAUGGACACCACGGACAUUUUGGGCGGCUUUGAACAGGUGGACUACACGAGGCACCUGGAGGAGAUCGCAAGGGAAACGGAAAUGAUGGUAAUGGAAACGAUUCAAAAUGAGCUGAUCAAGGGAGAUCUCGAUAAUGGAGUCGGCGUAUUAGAAAUGUGGGAAACAUUUUCCAAGCUAAUGCGUACAGGCACUAAAUCUCAAACAAUGACCGAAGAGACUGCACUAUUUAUUACAAAGUUAGAAUAUUUAGAGGAGUUGUGGGCUAAGCUAAAGGUGUCCACUGACUCGAUUCAGCUCGAACGGCUAGCUCGCUUAGAAGCGAAAGGUACAACUCUUCUGUCAAACAUCAGGAGUGAAAAGAGCCUAAACGUUGGUGGCAAGUUCGAGUGGGUAAACUCGAUAUUAGUAAAGUGCAUGCAAGAAGGGGCGUGGUUGCUGAUUGACAACGUUAAUCUGUGCAGUCCGGCAGUCUUAGAUCGUCUCAACGCGUUAUUGGAACCUAACGGGGUGCUUACGAUUGGCGAGCGUGGCAUAACCCCAAGCGGAGAGAUGUACGAAGUAAAACCGCAUAAAGACUUUCGAUUGUUUUUAACUAUGGACCCGAAAAAUGGGGAAAUAUCUAGGGCUAUGCGCAACCGGGGCAUUGAAAUUUGUCUACUAAACGAAAACGAAGACCCUUCCGUUUUGAAUGAGCUGGAUUUAAAAUCAUUGAUCAGCCAUUGUGGUGUGACAAACACGGCCCACCUCGACGCCCUUUUAAACAUCCACCGAUUUGUAGGAGAUUUAACCCUAGGGGAAAAGCCGAACAUUAAUCACCUUCUACAAGCUGCGUUUUUAACUGCCGAACAAUUGCGGCGCGGCGUCGAUCUAUUUACGGCGUUAACUUGCGCGAUUACGGACGUGUACUACAAGUCGCGUCGAAAUUCCGAAUUCAACGUAAAUAAUCCUGCGGAAUUGAUAAAUGAAAAAAUUACCUCCGUUAUUUACGAAAACGGGGAGUUUUACGCCCGCUCUAUGACUUUACAGACUCAUAACUUGACUGUUAACUCCCACCUAGAGAAGAUAAGGCAGCACACUGUACUUCUCGGUCACGAAAAUUAUGUCAAUGAUUUAAUUAACGCUUUUACAAUUGCCAGUUCGGACGAUCUAAAGGUGCGCUACGCCUACAUUAAAUCCAUUUUGCCGAAAAGUUCGCAAGAACUCUGCAAUAAACUCUUCUCAAUCGCCUCCCGUUGCGCGCGAGAACGUCACGAGUUACCUUUCGAUCACCGUUGGCUGCCAGACAGUCGACAGCUUGCAAAUGCAAACAACCUUUACGUUUCCUUGUACUACGAAUCGAGAACUUACAAUUCCAAAUUGGGCAGUAAACAGAAACGCAAGCUGUCGUUAUUUGAAUUUCUCAGCGCCGUGCGAUCUAAGAAAACCGAGCCUAAGCUGGACGACAUUUUGGAGAAAGAAUUGCUCAACUUACUGGACGCCUUCGACAAGUUUGUGACUAAGUGCCUACAGUCUGGAAGCGUAAAAGUCGAGGACGACAUACUUUGCGAGGUCCUCUCCGUAUUACAAUGGCGCUUUGUACUCUACCGCAAACUGAAGACUGACGUCUGGAAUAUUAGUGCCUCCGAUUACCAACGGUUGAUCGAAACCGUGCACAUUCACUACAAGUGGUUCACGAAGGCGUUCGAGAAACUCUCAAAGCUCUUAAGGACGAGUCGUGGCAAUUCGGUUUCAAAAUUGAUCGCAGAAAUUAAUCGGAAAUCUUCGUACGAUUUCUCCGCGCUGCAGAAGCUGUCCAAGCUCUAUCAGAAGGUGACGCGUAGGCCUCCACCGCCCGCCUCCGAAGAACAAAUCGCAGUGUACGAAGAAUUGCGCCAGAUAUCGGAUGACUUCUGUAUAUACAAUCAGCAGAACGACUUCGCACUACUCUUACCGUUUACGCUUCAAAAUCCAGAAGUACGCCCCCUGUUGGUCGCAGCAAGACAGCGCGCCCAAGUGGAAAACGAUCUGAAGGCCUUGCAUGACCGUUUCGUUAAGAACGAGGAUCACUCGAAGUGUAAUCGGGACCAAACUGAGAUACUGCCUUUCGUUGACUAUUUUGCCAGGCUCGCCGUUAUCGCAAUGAGACACGAUGUUAAUCUCGAUAACAACGAAAUUUGUAUGAACGCCCUCACAGUUCCGCCGGAAUUACUAGCCGUGUCGGAAAUGUAUGGUGCUACCGGUGACGAGUGUUUAAGGCACGAGUUAAAUGCCAACACGUUCCUCUACCUUCUCAAUGCUGCAUCCGUACUUCCCGCCAAAUUUAAUCUGGAGGAGUGUGACCAGCCGAAGCCGUUCCCCCAGUUUGCACCAAUAUUGAGCUUUACGGUUGUAAAUCUAUUGGUACCCGAUGUUAAUCACAAGGGGACGAUUCGGGCGACAUCGUACGGAAACUACAGUAACAUAACUAGACAGCACCAAAUGCUUAAUGUCGCACUUUGGAGGAAUAUGGUGCAGUUGUCUCUUCCGUGCUACGACUUCAUAAAAUGCGAGUCACAAUACGUUCGGAAAUCGUUCGAAGAAUUCCAAAAGGAUUUCAGUCAUUGCCUCAAUGUAGAAAAUAACGAAGCCGGCUAUGUGAAGGGUAUAUGCAAGUUGUAUAGGAAAAACUCGUCAUCGGAAAACGAACAGGGAGAACGCGAUCUACUCCUUGUUCUAUUAAAACAAUGCACCGAAGAAUUCGAGUGCUUAUCCCAGAGUGAGAACAUUGACGCCACAGUAAAUCUAUACUUCUUACUCAGUUACCUUCGAACUUUGCUCAAUUCGAAAUUGCCGCUGAUCGAUCCGCUCGCUAAAAAGCAGCUGAAGAAGAAAUAUUGCACGGACGAAAUUGAGGAAUAUUUGCGCAUUGUUCGAUGUUAUGAGUCGCAAAAUCGCUUAUACAGUGGUACGACUGAGACUCUGCACGCACAUUCGUCGUUACUGAAGCAAAAAAUCCGGGCACUGGAGGAAAAGUGUGAGGAGUUAAGUAAAUAUGCGUCUGUGCGUUGCCAAGAUCCCAAUUAUAGCGCCGUCUCAAAGGAAAUACUGCACUACUUUGACAUGGUCGUAAGUCCUCUGCAAGUGGUGAACUUGUUUUACAGCCUGAACACCAAUUUGACCCAACUCCGCGAUAAGCGCAUGAACUGCACCUCUGAGACCGAGAGACGGCUCAAAGAAACCAAGCAGCUGUGCACCACAUUUUCGAGCUUAGUCGCGGUGUUAAAAAAAUAUCGCUACAAUUUUCCGGACAUUGUCAUGCCCCUAUUAGGCAGUGUUGCCGAAUUUUUGUAUGCGGCCACGUUAAAAUUCGAUCUAGGAUUUGCCUUGUUAACGAAGUACAAAAAUGCGUGGUACGGAAUUGAUGUAGGCCGAGAUUUGGUGAACAUUGCCCGAUUUCCUACCGUAAUGCGUGAGCAGGUCGAUUGUAUCGACGCGGUUAAGCUGUACACUCGACCGCAAAUUCGGGAAUUUGUGAAAAACUCCCUGACGGAUGAAACGUUGGGCAAGAGGGAGAACUUUCGGUUGCUCAAGUGCGGGAUACAAGAUUUGUAUAAUUUCGGCAUGCUCGACGCAGAGAAUGGCAAAAUGUUAAACGGCAAGCUGUUUGCGGUGUUCGAGGAUUUGAUUAAGGUAUUUGUGAAGUCGUGGAAACAACAGCGGGAGGAGUUGGAGCGUAAACGCCUGGAGGAGCAAAGCUUGUAUAAGAUUACAUCUAAAGACGAAGAAGCUGAAAUAGAAGAAGAAUUCAAGAAAUUAUUUCCCAGCUUUCACGAUCAGGAUUUCUCCGAUUUAGAACCAAAAUUGCUGGACGACGAACCAGAAGAAGCCGAAAUGGGCCUAUGCGACGAUUACUCGGGAAUAAUCACUUUGGAGGAUGUGAAGUUUGUUUCAGAAAUGCAUUCUCGUCUCUUAUACUCACACACUCGCACCGAGUGGUUAUCGCCAAAAGUUGGGCGUACAAAUCUCGACUUCGUUACACCUUUACUUUCCAAGUGUAAAUUUUACCAGAUUAUGUCGAAGAGCUAUGGAGAGUGCUUGAAUUUUAGAACUGAUGCCGAAUUGAUUGGCACACUAAAUUUGUUAGUAACCGUCGCUCAGAAUUUUGGACGUGUGCAACUAGGUAAUAAUCUCCAUUCUCAACACCACUAUGACUUCUAUAAGGAUUCUAAUGUAUCGGAAGUGCAAAAUUCCCAUCACAGCCUGGACCAGCUUCACAAACACAUCCUCGAACUUUUAAACAAAUGGCCAGAUCAUCCUACACUUAAAACGAUACAACUUGUGAUCGAGCGCAUUUACAACUUCGACAUCGCGAGCCCACUGUCCAGAUUUCUAACAGGUUUCGAAAUAUUAUUAGCGAAGUGUCACGAAUGGGAGGAAAAUGCGCAUUCGGGCGUGAGCAUCCAAAGUUACAUACAAAAUAUAGUUCGGCACAUUAUAGAUUGGAGAAAAAUCGAAAUGAACAUCUGGAAAGAAAGCUUAAAUAUCGCAUUUGCGAGAAUGAACGAGCCGAUAGCCAAAUGGUGGUUUUACAUUUACGAGUUAGUCGUGCAGUUUAUUGAUGAUGACACUAUCAGACAGGAGGAGUUGUUGGAAACUUUAAAAAAAUUUGUGACUCAAUCCAACCUCGCCGAGUUUUCGAAUCGAUUACAAUUACUGUUGAAUUUCCACUACUAUGUAACACACAAAAAAAAGACUGCUAGAUCAGAAAUUUUAAUCGAUCUUCUCUGGAAUUUGUAUCAAUAUUUCAAACAGUUUGAGGCAAAUGUUGCAAGUAAAAUAAAAGAGCUUCGUUCGCCGAUUGAGAAGAAACUAAAGGAUUACAUCAAAAUUGUAAAGUGGAAGGACAUAAGCUAUUGGGCGAUUAAACAAACGGUGGAAAGAACCCACAAAACUCUUCACAAACAUAUUCGGGAGUUUGAGAAUAUACUGAAGCAACCUGUCGCGGGAUGCCUAACGUGGAAGCCUACCGAAAAUAAAGUUGCAGAUGAAGGUAUCUGGGAUAAGAAGGAGAUUCCCGGUCACACCACCAACACUUACCUUGCAAAACUCACCAUUUUUGAGGUUCCGGAAGAUACGGACGACGUCUUCAGAAGGGCGCCCACUUUCUUCAAAAGAUCCCGAACUUUAUGCAAGAGGGCGAUAUCGGCAGCGGAUUAUCCCAACUUAAUACAAAGCUUGGACGACUUCGUGACGGAUGUGAUAACCUCGAGCGCGCAUUUGCAAGGCUUAGAAAUCGACACGACGUUACCGAAAGAGAAACAGAAGGCGCAGGCCAAAGGUAUACUUUUGCAAAAACGUAAAGGCCUCGCGGACCUGUUCAAGGCGCUGACGGAAAUCGGAGUGUCGUAUCGCGCCGGCGUCGUUUACUCUAAAUCGCGUAAGGAGAUCGGGCAGUUUCUAAUUAAACCGCUCGACAUACACGCGAGCUUUUCUCACUUGCACGAUGCGUACGCCAACGAUGACAAAAUCUUGUCGAUUUGGAGUGAUUGCGAGUCCUACUAUUACAAAAGCCUGUCCAAGCUAGAUUCGUUACGAACUUUUUGUACUAAUCCCGCUAAAGACUUGGGUCUGCAGAAUUUGGAACGUUGCUCUGGGUUUUCUGAAGCUUUGAUGCAAACCACCCAACAACUUAAAACCUCGUUAGUGAACACAUCAAGAACUUUCUACUAUCUAAAACACUACUCUUCCUGCUUAGACAGGUACAUUGAAAGUUUGCCGCUCACCUACCUACCGAAAGCUGUAUACGAAAACAUAGUUCAGUUAUCCAAGAAUAUUAUUGUGACCCUCGAGCAAUUUAAAGUCGUCUUAGACACAUGUCCGAGUCAUGGUGUCGAGUUUGGAGACCUGCCUAUUUUGAAACCUGCUCCCAUAAACUUUCCCCAGUAUAAAAAUGACGAACAGUGGCUCAACUGUGCAGAGAAGAUUGCCGCUGCCUUAAAAACAUCCCAAGCGAUUUCACGCUCUCUCUCACAUGCCCUCCAUUCCAUACCAAGCACGCAAUUUAAAUGCGCUAAGAAGAUACACAUCGCGGUUCCAUCAGACGAACUAAUCGGCAAUUUCGAUAGUAUCUCCCAGAAUCUCAAAGAUGUAUGUCGCAUUUUCAACGAAAUUCCGCUGACAAACAGCCUGCAUUGGCUCCAGUCGGAGAUCGAAUCAGCCAAAUACGCAAUGUGUCAAAAACCCGAACAUACUGAAACAGUUGACACCAGCAAAUUUAAGCAAAUCGGUCGACGUUUGCUGCAUAAAUUGCUACUGGUUGUACAAGCAAUUUAUAAAAAGUGUGACGCGAAGAAAGCGCCAGAAGACAACUUCGCACUAAAGCCCGAUCAUUUAAAAACACUGAUCUUAAACAAUUUAUCCGAGGACUUUGCGCUUCUUGAUAUGCCAACGGUUUUGAAACGUUUACAUCGAUUGGUAACGGAAUUGAACUCGCUUUCCUCCACGAUGAAUUCGGAAUGCAAGCAAAUACUGUUGCAAAUUAAACCGAUUUUGGAACAAGUUUUGCUGCUUUACCAGUAUUUCCUGACUCAACAAGUUUCCGCCUAUCGAACCACUUGCAAGAUGAAUUCCAUACUCUGCAAUAUUUUCACAGAUCUAACCACAAAGGGAUUUUGCGUGCCGCCCGAGUUUUCCGAGGAAUUGAAUUCUGAAGAUGGCACCCAGCAGAUGGGAGGCGGUUUGGGGCUCGGCGAAGGGGAAGGGGAACGAGAUGUCUCCGAUCGAAUCGAAUCUGAAGAUCAACUGGAAGAUGCCGAGCCUGCGGGUAAGGAGAAAGAUCGAGAUGAGGACAAGGACUGCAAGGAGGAGGAGAAGGGUAUCGAAAUGAGCGAGGACUUUGAAUCCAAAAUGCAGGAUAUCGAACCGAAUGACGAGAAUGAAGAUCAGAAAUCGGAAUCGGAUGAUGAUGCCGACGAGCAAAUGGGCGAAACUGGAAAGGAGGCGGAUCAGUUGGACCAGGAGAUAUGGGGUUCGGAUGAUGAGGAGAACAAUGACGAGGAUGCCGAGGAUGACGAAGGUAAUAGAGGUGAAAAGCAAGGGGAAGAUCAGCUGGGCGCCAAGGAGAACGAGUCCGUUGAAACGGAUGAGCCGGACGAAAAAGGAAGUAAGAAAGAAGAAAAGAAGGAGGAGAUUAACGAAUUGAAAGAGCCCGAGAUUGACGACAAUCAAAUUGAUCCGUAUCAUGGAAAUCCUCCUAAAUACCCGGAGCCUGAGGCUUUGGAUUUGCCCGAUGACUUGCAGGUUGAUGACGACAUGCAGGAGAACAAUGAGAACCCCGAUGAAGAAAAUCCAUUUGAUAUUGACACCAUGAAAGAACAAGCCCCUCCUCCUCCGGAACCCGAACCGGAAGAAGCUCCAGAAAUUACUCCCGAUGAAACUAAUGCUGAUGGGGUAAGUGACGGCGAAGACGCAAAUGACGAAAAAGAUAAACCUGAUGACGAUGUGAAAGAGGACGAAGUUAAACAAUCUGAAGAAGCGGAACCUCCACACAGAGACGAAGAUCGAACAGACCCACAGUCGGUACUGGACGAAACGCAGACGAAAGAUGAGGCUUCGCAGGCAAUGGACGUUGAUGAUAUCGCGGCCAGUGAUAAUGUGAAAGCGAAUCCUGCCCAAAAUCAAGAAAGCGUCGCACCGAAUGAGGAGAUCAAUCAGGAGGACAAUCCGGAUAAGGAGGGUGUUGGGCAGUCUCGUAUGGAGCAGUCGAUGACCGGUCACAAGGGGCAAGCGAUGGCCCAGGAAAGCAUUUCUAGUAAUCAGUCGGAGGAGGAGGAAAUUGACAUGAAACGUAAACCCGGCGAAUCCGAUUCUAAACGUAGUUUGGGAGACGUGAACGAGUCCGUCAAGAAAAAAUUAAAAACCAUAGAUUUGCAAGAGAAAGAUGAGGCGAUGGACGAGGGCGAAGAACAACAGGAACAAAACGCCGAAAUGUAUAAACAUAUUCAAGACGCUACUAAAAGUGACGAUCAGGUUUUGGAUAUUGCUACGAAGGAACAGGCAGACGAGCAGAGGGAUGUUUCUGAUGCAAAGGAGAAAGAGAAGACAACUGAAUCUGCAGCUAUGGAUGAAGAGGAGGAUGUCGAAGUUAAGGAGGGCAAGAAACAGAAACCUGAAAAAGUCGAGUCGGAUCAAAAAAAGAACAAAAACAAACAACAUCCGGAAGGUGAGAUAAUGGAUAACCUUAACGAUAUCGAAAUUGAGGGUGAACACAUUUCCACUCUCACUGUACAACGAGGAGAUGAAACUACGCAUCACACUCGGUAUACGUCCGGUGCAGGUGACAGUGUUCCGUUAUCGGUCGUUGAAAUGAAUCAAAUACGCACGGAAGUUGAACAUCAAUUUUCAGAAUGGAUUGAGCCGCCUUCGAACGUCGAAGCCGAACACGCCUGGAAGAAGAUAACAUCGGUAACGUCGUCGUUAGCACAGAACUUAUCGGAACAGCUUCGUCUGGUUCUCGAGCCUACGCAAACGUCGCGUCUGAAAGGCGAUUACCGGACCGGUCGGCGUAUUAACAUGCGUAAGGUGAUCCCGUACAUCGCGUCACAAUUUCGCAAGGACAAAAUCUGGUUGAGACGGACGAAACCGUCGAAAAGGGAGUAUAAGAUCGUGCUGGCGAUCGACGACUCCUCCAGUAUGUCCGACAACCACUCGAAGGAGUUGGCUUUCGAGAGCGUGUCGUUAAUCUCGAAGGCUCUGACGUUACUGGAAAGCGGGCAGCUGUCGGUGUUGAGCUUCGGCGAGACAACACGAGUGUUGCACAAGUUAGUGGAUACUUUCACCGAGAAGAGUGGCGCGAAUAUAUUGCAAAAUUUCCAAUUUUUACAACAAAAAACGUGCGUGGGGAAAUUGGUGGACUUCGCAACCGAGAUGCUCAAUUCGGCACAGGGUGCUAGCAGCGCGUUGAUUGCAAAGUUAUUAAUUAUUGUUAGUGACGGGCGAGGGAUUUUUUCCGAAGGUGAAACCUACGUAAAUCAAGCCGUUCGUCGAGCUAAAUUGUCGAACAUUUUUAUGGUUUUUGUUAUUGUUGAUAAUCCCAAUAGCAAAAGUUCCAUUUUGGACAUUCGUAUGCCUAUUUUUAAAGAUGGAAAAUUGCUACGUAUAGAAUCUUACAUGGACUCCUUUCCGUUUCCAUUUUAUAUUAUUUUGAGAAACAUUAAUUCAUUGCCUAACGUUUUAAGUGACGCAUUGAGACAGUGGUUCGAAGUUGUUUCAAAUAUUGAUAAGCAGUGAAAUAAAUAUGUUGUUAAUGCUUCUUAAAAAUAGAAUAUGUUACCAAAAAAAACAGCGUAAUAAUUUAUUUGCUUAUUGAGGUCAUUUAUUUGGGUCGUCGAUGGUAAUCAGGUAGAGCAAAUUGUGUACUGACAGUU